AUGUCAGGAGUCUUGUUGACUUGUCUAUAUCUCGCCCGUUUCGGCCCACACCCCACCCAGUCUAUCAUCGACUUUCUGCCCGGCCCAAUGUGGACGGCUGCCAUCGUCGCCGACUUUCUCAGCGGCGCAUGCCAAGUCGUCGCCCGUUGGAUCAGAUGUCAGAGGGCCGAUUUCCCCCCUGGUGGCAGCGGCGCCCAUGCCCCUGCACGGCAUUGCACUGCUCCGGGCCUGCCGUCUCACACCAUCUAUGCCCCGUCAACCAUCCGGCCCGGUGAGAAGCUGCCGCUUCUCGUCUGGGCCAAUGGCGGCGGGCUAGCCUGGGGUUUGACCUUCGCCGACUUUUUGCGCGAGGUCGCCUCCCAUGGCUACAUAAUCGUGGCCAACGGCUCGCCCCAGGGAUGGGGAACGGUCGACGAGAGGGGCCAAUUGAGCGCGGUACAGUGGGCCGCCCAGGAACCUGCGGACGAGCUGGACAUCCGUAGGCACUUGGACCUGGAACGUAUUGCCCUGGCUGGGCAGAGCAAAGGCGGUGUCCACACCUACAAGGCUGCAACGGCACUGCGCCAGGACCCCCGGGUCAAGACCGUGGCCCUAUUCAACUCGGGUAUGAUGCGCCCACGGAAACAAGAUCUCGACAUGGUGGCCGGGCUGGCGAUACCGGUUUACUAUUUCGUGGGAGACGAACGCGACGUCCUCUACAAGAAUGCAGCGCAUGACUGGGAGCUUUUGCCAGAAAAUCUGCCUGCAUAUUUCGCCAGCUUGGAUGUCGGCCACCUGGGCACAUUCUACGAGCCAGGGGGUGGCUUAUUCGCCGACGCCGCCGUGAAGUGGCUGCACGCUGAACUCAGGGGCGAUGAAGAAAGCAAAAAGCUUUUGAUCAGUCUAGAGGGCCCAUGGAGAAUUCGACUGCGUAAUCUCUAG